AUGUCAAUAAUAGCUCUAAAUCGCCCAAGAUUUGAUCGUAUUUAUACAGAAAUAUGUAUUGGAAAUGUUAAUGAUUCUAUAGACGAACAAGUAUUAUUAAACCAUUUCGAACAAUAUGGUAGUAUUAUCAAUUACAAUUUUUUGGGUGGUUAUGUUUUUAUAACAUUUGAAUCUACCGAAGAUGUUGAUAAAGUAAUGAAUAAUCGGCCACACAAUAUUAAUGGUUGCAAUUUGUAUGUGAAACGUGCUUUGCCCUAUGAUAUCGAUCAUCCAAAAGAACGUUAUGAUACUACAAGAGAUUUGAUGGUGGUUGUCGAUGAUGAUGAAUACAAAAAUAAUAGUUUAUUGGAAGAAAUGAAAAAGUAUUUUUUGAAUUAUGGACAUGUUUAUGGUUGCAAAUUUGUUAAUGAAAAAAAUGUCUUAUAUGUUCUAGUAGAAUUUGCUGAUUACGAUGUUGUCGAUCGUAUAAUACUAGAUAAACCUCAUUAUCUGAAUAAAAAACAACUAAAUGUCAAAAAGUGUAUAGUAACAAAUAAAAAAGUAAUGAAGUUUAACGUUAAGGAUUCCACAAUGCUAUCUAACAAUGACUUGCAUCAUACUCGAAAUAACGAUAUCACUCCACUUUUAACAUUUGGUGAUGCUAUUGAUGAUGAUGAUGAUGAAAAUUUAACACCGAUCACUUCUCUUAGUGAACAAGAUUUAGAAGCUGAAAUAUUAAGAUUAAAAGAUGUCAUUAAAUCGUUGAAUGAUGAUUUUGGUUUAAAACGUUUAAAACUAGAAGAAGAAUGUUGUGAAAAAUUGAAAAUACUAAAUGAUUCAUCGUCAGAAACAAUAAAUGUACAUAAUAAAUUAGAACAAGGACAUAAAAAAUUACAAGAAUGUUAUGUGAUGGCUAAAAACGAAAAUGAAGAACUGAAUGAAUUAUAUAUUGAAACUGAAUUCGAAAAUUUUAAUAUUCGAAGUGAAUAUGAACGAAUGUUAAAAGAACAAAGAAUCAAAUACAAACUACUUGAACAACAAUAUAACGAAUUACUUAAAGAAAUUGAAGAUGAUGAUAAUUAG